AUGAAGUUUAGUAAGAUUGUUUCUCUCGCUUUCGGCGCUCUGCUUGUAAGUGCUGCACCAACAGGACAUUUUGAUAUAUCACCAAGAGAGAAUGAUUCGAACUUAGAUCUCGACUUGAUUCUCCGUUCCAUUUCCACAUACGAUGCUGCUGCUGAAGAACAGCUGGGUAAUCUUAGAAAAAGGAAUCAUUUCGAUUUCUUUGGCGAUCUUGUUGGUCAAAUCACUGAUGCUGGUCUUCAUGAUGGUUUCCUCGACAGGGUUCUCAAUGCUCCAGAUUUCGCUCACCAUUUGGUCGAUUCUGUCGUUAAAGGAAUUGAAUCCAAGAACAUUCCAUUUGAACAGGUAAACAUUGCCUUGGAUAAUGCCAAUCUUAUUCCAAGAUUGUUUGAAGAAAUGUUACAUGACUCCGAUAUGACAGAAAUGACCAAGUCUCAUGCAAAGAGAUUAUAUGACUCUGGUGAUCUUAAACUCAAUUUCAAUGAAGAUGGCUUCGCCAAGCGUGAAGAAAUAAUGAUUUCUAAGAGAGACAGCUCUGCUCUUUCUAGCAUAGUUUCUUCUUUAUCCAACUCCGGUUUGUUGGAAAAGGCUGCUAAAUAUAUCCUUAGUAACCAAAACUUAGCUUCAACUGCUGAAAAGUUACUUGAAACUGCAGUUAAAAAGACUGACUUCAAAACUCUCUAUGCAACCAUAAAGGAAUCGGGAAUUGCCAACAAGUUGGUAAAGAAGGCAUUAUCAUCCAAGUCUUUACAAAAUAAACUUGCGCAAGCUAUCAGUGAAAAGGCAAAGAGGGAUUCUUCAAAGAAUGCAUUGAUUGCCUCUUUGGCUGUACGUGCUUCCAUGGCUGCCCCUGGACCUACUCAAAUUGUUGCAAGAGAUGAUGCCGCAUUUAGCCUUGAAGGUGCAGUCACACCUGACUCUUUGUUUGGAGAUGGUUCCGCACCAGCUCCUACUGAUUCUUCUCAAUUAAAUGGUGUUUUGGGCCUUUUUGGUGGUCUUGGUGGUAGUGGUGGUAGUGCUGAUGACAGCUCAUCUGAUGUUGUUGUUUCAACCCCAACUUUAGCCGUUGAUCCUAGUAUCGUCGCACCAUUGUCAUCUUCCCCUCUUAUUGUUCAACCAUCUGCCUCGGUCCAAGCUUCUGUCUCUGACCCAAUUGACCUUUCCUCGCUUCUCGAUGUAACAUCGGCUGAAACUUCUUCCCCAGUUGUUACUUCGUCUGCUUCUGUGUCUACGUCAGGCUCUACCUCAUCUGGUACUAACCUGUUCAGUGAUCUUUUGGAUUCCUUGUUUGGAGGGUCAAGCUCUAGUUCUAGUGGGUUGUCAAACUCUACUACAACGGGUACUGUUUCUUCUACAUCACCUUCUUCAACUUCUACCGAUUCCUUGAUUGAUGACAUAUUUUCCCUCUUUGGAAACUCUACUUCCUCUGGAUCUAGCGGUAGCUCCAGUAGUGGUCCAAUUGAUUGGAUUGGACUCCUUCAAAAGCUCUUCAGUCUUUUAUUCGGAGGUUCCGGUUCUGUUGACCCAAGUGUUCCUGGAUCUUCUGAUGGCUCUGGUAGUCUUGGAUCCCUUUUCAGUAGCAUUUUAGGGUCUUUAUUUGGAGGAUCAUCUAGUUCCAACUCUACAUCAGCUGAUACCAGUUCUGGUGGUGGUCUUGGCUCGCUCUUCAGUAGUAUUUUGAGCUCUUUGUUUGGUGGAUCAAGUUCGAACUCCACUUCAACUGCAUCAGGGUCCGGUUCCGGUUCUGGUGGCUCGUUGUUAGGAAGCAUUUUCAGUGCAUUAUUUGAUGGCUCUAGUAGUGGGGACUCAUCCAGUGGCUCUGGAGGUUCCUUGUUGGGAAGUAUUUUCAGUGCCUUGUUCGGCGGCUCCGGUAGUAGUGAUUCAUCUAGUGGUUCUGGUGGCUCCUUAUUAGGAAGUCUUUUUAGUGCAUUAUUUGGUGGAUCGAGCUCUAGCUCUGGUGCUAGUUCAUCUGGUUCUGGUUCUUCUGGUUCUGGUUCUUCAUUGUUGGGUGAUAUCAUUGGGGCUCUCUUCGGUGGCUCUAGUGGUUCUGGUGGAAGUCUUUUAAGUGAUAUAUUUGGUUUGUUCUUUGGGGGAAGUUCUGGUAACUCUACUUCUUCCGGAGAUAGCUUAUUGGAAGAUAUCCUUGAUGCAUUCUUUGGUAAAGGUGAUGGUACUUCUGGUUCUUCUGGUUCUGGUUCCAGCCUUCUUACUGAUAUUCUUGACUCUCUUGUUAGCGCACUCGCUGAUGGAACAGGAUCAACAAGCGCUCCAUCUAAAUCUUCAGGCUCCUCUGGUUCUGUCUUUGGAGGAGGCUCUUCCACUGGCACUAAGAAGUGUUGUAGUCCAAAGGGAUUGAAGAGAAAGAGAGCCAAGAGAAAGAGAAUGUUACAAGAAAAGGCCAGAGAAAAUUUUAAAAGAACUUUAUUAAGCAAGAGAGCUGAACUCUCUGGUGAACUGUACAUUAAAUUUUGA